UGUAAUAAUAUUUAUAAAGUGGUAAAUCUUUUCAAUAGAUAGGACGAGUUUUUUUUAUUCAAAGUUGAAACAGGCUAAGUGAUAUUCAAAUAUUUUUAUUGAAAAUAUUGAUUUGACGGUAAACUAAGAUCAAACCUGAAUAUUGAUAUUUUGUUACAGACGAAAAAUCAAAGAUAUGCAUGUAGUGAAAUAAAAAUAAAUUUGGAGCGUUCAGUUUAAUCUGGUUAACAUAAAAUAUAUUAAAAAGGAAAGUGAUAAGUUUAGAGUAUCCUAGUUGACUUGUGAUACAAAAUGAAGAGACUGACACAUGGGGAAUUGUUCAAAUAUUGCAGUACCAGAUGUGAACUCAUCAAAGCCUAGAUGGACACAUGCUGUACAGUUUCGGGACGAGUUCUUGCGUGACAAAAUAUCGGCAUUUUCCCUUGGUUUCAGACCUAUUAACAACAAUACUGUUGAACUUGUUGGGUCAGAAACAAACAAAAUUGAUGGCGCCCGUUGGAGUAGAGGCUUUUCUAGUGGUAGACACGUUAUUGAGUUCAUAUAUCCCGUUCACCUAAGAACAGAAGGGGCACGUGUUGGACUCGGAACGAAAUGUACCAUUCUAGGCGGAAAUGACGUCACCAAUAUCGUCGGAGGACAAGGAUCUCUUGCCGUGGAUCUUGUAACAAAGAAAGUUAUACAAAACAACAAGGUAGUGGCAAGAUUCCCACGUAACAAGGUGUUGCCAGACUGGUUUUUUAUGUACCUCGAUAUUGACAACGGUACUAUGCAGUUUGGAUCCGAUACCGAGUUUUUUGGUACGGCGUUUUCUGGUGUUAUGCCUACAGAUGAACCAUUAUAUCCGAUAGUAACAGGAUCUAAGAAGGGUGCAAUCAUCAGCAUAGUUUACAGAGGAAAAGGGAAGGAUAUAGAAGGACCAUUAAGGAAGAAUCGUUCAAGGAAGAUAUCAAAUUUAGCUAAUUCAUUGACUUCGGAUUCUAAAUCUUACAAAUUGGCUUUAAUGCGAUAGAACAUUCGCACAGUGGAACCUUUACUUUAAGCAUAACGUGAAAGACUUUCUGUCAGGAAAUAUAGACCACUGUAUGAAAUGUGUCAAGUAAUGACAGUAUGCAUAAGUAGAAUGAUAUAAAGAUGAAGUUUAAAGUAGAUUGCCUGCAACAGGGGUCAAUGACCCUAGACUUAGUGCACUAAUGUGCGUACAUUAGGAAUGUAUGAGAGGAAUUGUUCUGGUAUCGGUCUUCAUGGGGAAAUUAGACGGAAAUUACAAACUUCGAAAAUGACAUGAGAGUAUUUCCAAAAUUAAUGAAAUGUACUGUAAGUACAGUACAUACAGAGAAAACAUACGAUGA